AUGCGCAAACAAUUUUAUUCCAUUAUAGAUAUUCUCAUUCUUUUACGCAGGCCUUUAUUAUUUUUCUGCUUCUGCUUUUACGUAUUCGUUACCAUUUGUUUCUUCCGACCCGUCUAUCUAUCUAUCUAUCUAUCUAUCUAUCUAUCUAUCUAUCUAUCUAUCUAUCUAUGUGUGUGUGAUUCAGUUCAUAUCUAUCUAACUAUCUAUCUAUCUAUCUAUCUAUCUAUCUAUCUAUCUAUCUAUCUAUCUAUCUAUCUAUCUAUCUUUCAUAUCUAUCUAUCUAUCUAUCUAUCUAUCUAUCUAUCUAUCUAUCUCUGUGUGUGUGUGUGUGUCUGUGUAAUUCAGUUCAUAUCUAUCUAUCUAUCUAUCUAUCUAUCUAUCUAUCUAUCUAUCUAUCUAACUCAAACUGUUCCUAUCUAUCUAUCUAUCUAUCUAUCUAUCUAUCUAUCUAUCUAUCUAUCUAUCUGUGUGCGUGUGUGUGAUUCAGUUCAUAUCUAUCUAUCUAUCUAUCUAUCUAUCUAUCUAUCUAUCUGCGUGUGUAUCUUUGUGACUCACUUCAUAUCUAUCUAUCUAUCUAUCUAUCUAUCUAUCUAUCUAUAUAUAUUCCCCCUCAUCAUCGCCAUCACAAUCCUCACAACACUGACCAUUAGUCGACUUCGUUCAAAACAACUCGAGGGUUCUCACACAAGUGUCAUUCUUCGAAAAAUCGAACGCAUUCUUUUAAAAACCUAUCUAUCGUCAUCUAUUUUCGUUCUUUUUUUUUUAUAUCCCUUUCAUGUAAGCGCCCCCUGCCCCGUCAGUAUCUCGUUCAGUCUCCGCCCCAUACAACUCACUGCCAUUUUAUUUUCUCUGAAACUCAAGACCCUUAUCCCCAAAGACACGCCCCCCUCUCCCACGGGAGAUGCACUGUUUACGCUGUUGGGUUUUGACAUCAUUUGUAAUUCUUUCUCGCCUUCUGGCCUUUUCUUCGUCCCCUCGUCCAAUUCAUAUUUACUUUGUCUUCAUCUCCUUCGGGCCCCUUUACGUCUCCGUGGAGAAAUUUCACCCGUCGACCUGUCAACUCAGACACACGCCAUAGAGUGUCUUGUUCAAACAUGGCGGCUAAAUACGGCGAAGGCAACUCGUGCACUUUUUCUUGUUCUAUCUUUCUUUCUUUCUUUCUUUCUUUCUUUCUUUCUUACCACCUCAACAAACAUUCCCGAAGAGUUUAACUAA